CCAUGUAUCAAGGUCAAAGUGGUCUGUGACAUGAGACCCAUAGUGUGGGUUCUAGAUCUUCAUUGGCUCAUAACUUAGUGCGUGAAUUCAUGAUUGGUCUCAAUUUUUCAUCUCAAAUGUGGGGGUGGAGCUAAUGUAAGAGGAGACUGAAAAGCUUUUGAACAGCAACCUUCAGUCAGAAGGCAGCAGCUUUCAAGCAGCUCUUUAUCUGCUGAGGCACUCAAGUUAUCCAUCCAGAAGAAAGAUGUCAAGCACUUUCAGGCGCCUUGUUGCUGGUCGCAACACCGCCAUGCUGUUGGCCAGUUUGGGUGCAGGAACAGUGGCGACUGGUUGGCUCCUGAAUGAGAACGGUUCUCUGGCUGCUGAGGCAAAGAAGAAGCUCUAUCCUCCCAGCUCUGACUACCCAGACCUGAGGAAACACAAUAACUGCAUGGCCUCAGCUCUGAGUCCAGCUGUUUAUGCCAGACUGAGGGACAAGGUGACCCCCAACAACUGGACCCUUGAUCAGUGCAUCCAAACUGGUGUCGACAACCCUGGUCACCCUUUCAUUAAGACAGUGGGCUGUGUGGCUGGUGAUGAGGAGAGCUAUGAGGUAUUUGCUGAGCUCUUCGACCCCAUCAUCAAAGACAGGCACAACGGCUACGACCCCAAAAUCAUGAUCCACCCCACUGACCUGGAUGCCUCCAAGAUAACCCAGGGAAUGUUUGAUGAGAAUUAUGUUCUGUCAUCUCGGGUCCGGACUGGACGCAGUAUUCGUGGACUGAGCCUCCCCCCAGCCUGUUCAAGGGCUGAGCGUCGUGAGGUGGAGCGGGUGGUGGUGAUGGCUCUGGCUGGCCUAAAGGAUGACCUUUCUGGACGUUAUUACAGCCUGGGAGACAUGACUGAGAAGGAGCAGCAGCAACUCAUUGAUGACCACUUCCUGUUUGACAAGCCUGUCUCUCCACUGUUGACAUGCGCCUUUAUGGCCAGAGACUGGCCUGACGCCAGGGGCAUCUGGCACAACAAUGAGAAGACCUUCCUGAUCUGGAUCAAUGAGGAGGACCACACCAGAGUCAUCUCUAUGGAGAAGGGUGGCAACAUGAAGAGGGUGUUUGAGAGAUUCUGCAGAGGUCUCAAACAGGUGGAGCAUCUGAUCCAGGAAAGAGGCUGGGAGUUUAUGUGGAAUGAGCACCUGGGCUACAUCCUGACAUGUCCCUCCAAUUUGGGCACAGGCCUCAGGGCAGGUGUGCAUGUGCGCCUGCCAAAAUUGAGCAAGGAUUCACGUUUCCCCAAAAUCCUUGACAACUUGCGGCUGCAGAAGCGAGGCACAGGUGGAGUAGAUACAGCCGCCACUGGAGACACCUUUGACAUUUCCAAUCUCGACCGUUUGGGCAAAUCUGAGGUGGAGCUGGUUCAGCUGGUGAUCGAUGGGGUCAACUACCUGAUUGACUGUGAAAAGAAGCUGGAGAAGGGCCAGGACAUCAAGGUCCCAGCUCCCAUUUCUCAGUUUAGGAAGUGAGAGCCAGACUAACUGUGUGAGCAGGAUUUGGGAGGCCGGUUUGGUACCUGCCCUCUGACUGAGCCUAACGGAGAACCACAGAGCUGCAGACAAAGCUGAGGCCUCCCUCAAAGAACUUCAGGGUAAAGUGAUCUUGAACAUGACCUGCAGAAAUAUCUACCUCAAGUUGAACCCUGACUUUAAUAAAUAAAUAUACUGUAUUAAAUA